AUGAACCUGGCUGCCUUCGUAGGUAAAACUGACGCAUGUUCUUCUGAUUAUCUCUUGUAUGAACAUGAAAACAUAGUCAACAUUGAACACUGUACUGGCAGGAUAGACACUAAUAGAAACAACAGGAUGCACAUUAUAAAAUGGGGAAGUGCUGUCUAUUGAUUGGCAUGCAUUUAGUCAGUAGUUCCAAUGGCAGACCAUGCAGUGCUCAUUACAAACAAUUAUUGAUAGUAUUGAGUUCGAACAAAAUUCUGCACAUCCUGUGGGUCCCCAGGACCAGGAACGAAAUGGUUAGAGACCACCAGACCAGAGAGAGAUCCCUUAUGGGUCUUCUCCUUUCAGGGUUCAUCAUUGGUGUCCUCAGAUACCUGCAGCUGAAGCCCCGGGUCCACAAACCCUGGCUCAACAUCAGCAGUCUGGUGGCCCUGUCCCUGGCCUGCUUCGGCAUGACACUGGUGGGAAACUUCCAGGUAGGAGUCACCGACCCUGUCCAGAAAAAAAAAAGACUUCAGCCCCUAGACACUUCCCCUAGCCCCUAACCUGUCACUGGCCUACUUCGUAGUAGUCCGACAGAACUCCUAGCCCCUACCACGAGCCCCAAAACAUUUGGGAACCACUGAUAAAAUAGCCAAAAACCUAAACUUGGUUUGCAGUGAUAAUCAGAUGUUUGCCAGAGGUUGGAGGAUCACAGUAAUACAAUGAACCAGAUAAGAGCCAUGUCUGUUGUCUGUCUGUAAUGUGUCUGGUCCAGUUGUCAAAUGACGAGGAGCUCCACAACUUUGGGACGUCCAUGACGUUUGGCCUGGGGUCGUUGUUCCGCUGGGUUCAAUCUGUCAUCACCCUGAAGGUCAACCUUAGGAAUGAGGGUCGGAGGGCAGCAUCCCUCGCUUCCUGCGGUCUGGGGCCGUCACCGCCUGCAUGCUGCUCUGUAUCCUUCCUCUGGCUCGCACCAGGGACUCACUCUUAUAUGUCACUUAGCAGACGCUUUUAAACAAAGUUACAUACGAUGCAGUUAGUACAAUAGUAUGUGUAUGUGGGCUGGAUACAGCUGUAGAGGUGGAAACCUUUCGCUUAUUCAGCAGUUAGAUCAGUGUUCACCUCAAAGAAGGAAGCUAGGAAUUACGCAUUUUGUUAUGUUUUGUAAAGUGUUUGUUGUAUUCUUAACUCCCCCGGUUCAGACUUUGCCCUGAUGGCUCAGCGUCUUCACAUGCACGCGGCGCGGGCGCAGUGGGCGCUGGUCAUGUUCUUUCUGAGCUUCCUCGCAACCUUCGCCAUCGAGUUCAGACACUGCCACUUUGAGAUCGUCUGCGCCGCGUGCAUGUCAGCUUGUCAGAAACCUUCUCAGAGGUGUCCGAGUACCAGUCUGACCAGCUAUAGGGCAGCUCUGGGGGACAGAACCAGCUAUAGAGCUUUGUGCUAUAUGAAGUCUUUCUGGGUCAAGGGCUCCAGUGGGUCUCUGUAA